UGGAGAACAACUGUUGGAUUUGGACACGACAGCCCUAAUGUCGUUGCCAAUGAAUUCGCUGUACUCGCUCACCUGGGGCGAUUAUGGCACAUCUCUGGUAUCGGCCAUACAAUUGUUGCGCUGCCAUGGCGACCUCGUCGAUUGUACGCUGGCAGCCGGUGGACGCAGUUUUCCGGCCCACAAAAUCGUGCUAUGUGCCGCCUCUCCAUUUCUGUUGGAUUUGCUAAAGAACACGCCAUGCAAGCAUCCAGUCGUGAUGUUGGCGGGCGUGAACGCCAACGAUUUGGAGGCACUGUUGGAGUUUGUUUAUCGGGGCGAAGUGAGCGUCGAUCAUGCGCAGCUGCCAUCGCUGUUGCAGGCGGCACAGUGCCUCAAUAUCCAAGGACUGGCACCGCAGACCGUGACCAAAGAUGAUUACACAACGCACUCGAUCCAAUUGCAGCAUAUGAUACCACAACACCAUGAUCAGGACCAAUUGAUAGCGACUAUUGCAACGGCACCACAGCAGACAGUGCACGCCCAGGUCGUUGAGGAUAUACACCACCAGGGACAGAUACUACAGGCCACCACACAGACAAAUGCAGCCGGACACCAGCAAACGAUUGUGACAACAGAUGCAUCCAAACAUGAUCAGGCAGUGAUUCAAAGUUUCUUGCCAGCACGCAAACGCAAACCGAGAGUCAAGAAAAUGUCACCAGCAACGGCACCGAAGAUUAGUAAAAUUGAAGGAAUGGACACGAUAAUGGGCACACCGACAUCCUCGCACGCAGCAGCCGGACAACAAGUGGUGCAACAACAACAGGUGCUGGACGAGAAUGGUGCAGAGACGCAGAUGCUAUCAUCCACGCCAAUCAUCAAGAGCGAAGGCCAAAAGGUUGAGACAAUUGUGACCAUGGACCCCAAUAAUAUGAUACCGGUGACAUCGGCGAAUGCGGCAACUGGCGAGAUUACGACCGCAUCGGGAACAACUGUAACGCCCAGUGCCAGCGGCAGUGGUGCCACGCCCAAAACAAAACGUACCAAACAUCCGCCUGGAACAGAAAAACCAAGAUCACGCUCACAAUCGGAACAACCUGCUACUUGCCCCAUUUGCUAUGCCGUCAUACGUCAAUCGCGCAAUCUGCGACGCCAUCUCGAGCUGCGGCACUUUGCCAAGCCGGGCAUCAAAAAGGAAAAGAAAAUACCCAGCGGCAAGAAACCUGGCAGCAGCACACCGGGAUCUGGGCAAUCCCAGACGGGAGCAGGUGGAGCACUAAAUUCCAGUGGAGUUGUGCCCCAAGUGCAAACCGUGCAAUCUCUGCAUCCGUUGCAAGGUGUACAAGUGAAAAAAGAUCCCGAUGCACAGCAGCAACAACAACAGCAACAGCAGCAACAACAACAGCAGCAGCAGCAACAACAACAGGCACAAACAAUGACAGUAACAACCACAGGUGGGGGUCAAGUGCAACAGCAGCAGGUGCAACAGGUGCAAGUGCAACAACAACCGCAAACACUGCAGCAUCAUCAGAUCAUCGAUUCGUCGGGCAACAUGACAACGCCAACAACAAGCGCCCAAGCAGCUGCCCAGCAACAGGCAGCGAAUCAACAGCAACAGCAGCAGCAACAACAAUUGGUGACACAAUCCGAUGGCAGUGAGAGUGGGGCGCCUUUAUCGAUUGCCCAGGUGCAAACGUUGCAGGGUCAUCAGAUAAUUGGCAAUUUGAAUCAGGUGAAUAUGACUGAUUUUCAACAACAACAACAACAGCAGCAGCAACAACAACAGCAACAACAGCAGCAGCAGCAGCAACAACAACAACAAACACAACCACAACAAACGCUCUGAGCACGCAACACUUUGACGUAUCGGACGAACGCAUAGAAUCACAGUUCUAUACCUAAUCCUUGACUUGGUUAUCCAAUAUACGCUUUAACUCUCCCGGAAUGCGUGCAGUCCUAAUUAUUACACUAUCAAAACUUGGCCAUGCAGAGCAAACUAGGCAGCCAACUGUGCUUAAAUAACUAAAGACAACUAAUGUCUAUAUUUGACCCCAGUUUAAGCCCAAUGAUACUUGUCUAAAGAAAAAAACAAAACUUAUAUUUAACAUUUACAGUUGAAUUGAGUUAUUUACAACAAAAGCUUUGGCUGUUUUUAAUUUAGAUUAAUCCAAUGUUUCUGUACGCCUCUAGACAAGUGUCAUUAGGACAAUUUAGUAGCUUGCUCUGCAUUUCGCAAGUAUCUUUUAGUUUUUAUUAUCAAUUUUGUUGUACAAUUCUUAAAAAUUGAAAUGUUGAUUUCGCUAUGUUUAAUUUGUUUUUCUAUAGUUUUAUUUUAAGUAUGCGCUAUAUGGUUAUUGGACUAUGUAAUUGUAAUGUGCUGUAGUUUGACACACCCCCCCCCAAAGCCCCAACGUCCCAACGUUUACGCCCAUUUCAUAACUUUGUUAUGUGUAUGUAGUUUUAAUUAAAAUCAGGCUAGGCUAGAUAAUCCUAGUCAAAACUUAAUAUGCAGAUCCGUUGAUUGCUCAAAAAGUUGAGAGCAGAACUUGUUUUCCGUAAUAGUUAAUAAUUCAUUUUUAUGAAUUCACUAUAUAAUUGAUUUUUAAUGUUUUUUAUUUUCGUGUGACUCCUCUAUAUUCAUGUCACUCUAGAUAAUCCCCAUUUCUGCCUUAACUCUUGCUACGAGUAUAACCAAGCCACAGAUAUCAAUAAGCUUUAGUUUUCUUUAUUCUUUUUGUAAUCUUGACCAUAAUGUCUUUGGCGCUACGAAGAACCCAUUUUGUAGCACCCCCAACAACAGCUCUAAAUUUAUUUACAAACACAAAAAAAAA